AUGCCAACUAUGAACAAUGCACGGUAUCUGGCCACCACCAACCUACAACGGCGGACGUAUGAUUAUACUAGUCAUAAUUCGUGCACGAAGGUGAAUAUCCACUGCCAGGGAUGUGAGAGAGACAUCAAAAAAUUGCUGAAAAAAAUUCCUGGAGUAUGCUCAACUGAAAUAGAUGCAGAACAAGGAACAGUGACUGUUUCAGGAACCGUACAUCCUCAAACAGUUAUAACGAUACUCGGGAAGGCCGGAAAAGUAGCAGAGCUCUUGCCGGAGCAAAGCUUCCCGGCUGCGAAUAACCAGAAUUUGCAGAUAGUUGCACAAUCACAAGGGGUUGAUCAAGUUCAUGAGCAACACACGGUAGCUCAUGAGUUGAAGCAACUGAAUGGAAUUAAAGGGUUGAAACAGGCGGAGCUGACCUAUAAGAGUAUAAAGCUUACAUUCAAGGAUGAUGUCCACGAUGAUGUUUGUAGGCCUCGAACACCCCCUAGCGACAGACUUGGUGGUGGUGGUGGCGGCGGUGGUAUGGUCCUCCACGAUGAUGAUUAUGGAGGAUUCUAUAAUCAUGAUGAUAAAGGAAUCUACUGGCCACCACCAGACCGGCGGUGCAGUCCUCCACCAGGGUCACCACCUCCCUGGCAAAGGAAGAUUCCGUCAGCCCCACCGGUGGUAUCCGAUUAUGAUCCAAUAGCACCUCCACAACCUGUCAUGGGUUACCCAUACUCCAGCAGAUCCCGGGAUGAGCAACCAAGCUGUUGCGUGAUCAUAUGA